UCACCUCGGGCGGCAUCACCACCAGCCAGCAGCAAGUGUCACGCAAGGGGUGGCGAGAAACGGCAGCGUUGGCAGCGGCCGGUGUAUGGAGACUCUCCGAUACGCGGGACAAUGUGGUCCGGGCCCGGCCGGCGGCAGUGACAGCAACAUACAUGUCUAAUACACAUGCACAAUUGCUGCCUGCCUACCUCCCAAACAGUGGCACGUCACGGUCCAUCACUAUUCCUCAUACAGUAAGAGCUUGUGAAUGAGCAGUUGAUUUAAACUGGAUCAUUACCAGACAUUUUUUCGGCUCUGGAAGCUUCUAAAGCUCAAUUUCAUUUCAAUUAUUUGUGACAUUUUAAUUUUGCUCGACUUGUGAGGAUUCUCAAAUUGGUUUUUGCGAUAUGGAUGAGGGUGGUGGGCGGCGUGUGCCAUGUCGAGCUGCCGAGUCAACCUCGCGGUAAUUUUAACGACGAGUCUCCCGUGCGUAAUUGGUGGAGCUAGCUCGUUGCUCGUCUGUGAUGUUCACAGUUCCUCCUUCUCCCCAACCCCUCUAAUUAGAUUAUCUGUCGGGGUCCCUACACCCAACCUACUCUAAGGUGACUUUCAUCAUCGCCAGCUAGGAUGUUGUGUGCAGGCAUAUAUAUUUCAGAGUGGCAAUAAAGGGCUUUGAGUUUAUGGCGGAUCAAUUUCUUGUCGCAAUCAAACAACAACAGAAUAGCUCAUCAAACUGUGGAAAAUUAAAACGUUUUCCAUGUUUAUGGGGAAAUGUUAUUGCCAUUGUGUUGCCUUUGGUUUACAUAUUACCAUCAGCAAUGUGAUGACGUCAAGUCCUAGCACACCUCCACAUGGCGUUGAUGGUAGUCUUGUCAAUAAUCGCACAAUGUGCAUUUCAUGUUUCUUCAGGCUGAUGUCGUGGGCAGGGUCAAGGUUUGCGGCCAAACAGACACGCAAUUAGAAGACUAACUGGCCCAUGCACCCGAUAAGACUUUUUAGCUUAGAUUAGUGCAUCCUCAGCGGACGAAAUUCUUUAGUAUUUUAAGUACUACAUUAUAAAGACUCUCUAAAGACUGUGUGCGCGUACUCAUAUCGAAUGAAAGGCUAGUAAUGCCAGAAGAACUGCCUGUAUCCAGGAAAGUGCUAUCAGAAUUAGAAUCAAUCAGAAUUAGUUCUGCUAACGCAUCCUAAAAGGGCCCAAGUCGUCUUAAGUCGGUGAGCAAUGCGCUGGUGCACUAAGACGCGCGAACGCGCGUCCUCCAGCUGAGCAGAUGUCCCACUUCAAGGACUACAAGUUCUUCCGGAGCCUCAGCACCCGAGCGGAGCGCUGGCCAAUGCGGAAGGCAGAGCAGUUCUGGCGGAAGCUGCGGGAGCGCAAGAUAGCAGAGAUUGAAGCUGCAGAGGCUUGCAAAUGGCUCAGAGCAGCUGGAUUCCCGCAGUAUGCGCAGAUGUACGAAGACCUGCAGUUUCCGGUGGAUGUCGCUGCCGUGGCCAAGGACCACCCGUUCCUGGAACAGGACUCGCUGCAGUCGCUCUUCAGGCGCUUGCACGCGCUCAACAGAACUGCAAACAUGAAGGUCGAUAUGCAGGGCCAGGGCGACGACUCGGACGAGGACGACCAGUGCGCUCUGAGCGAGAACUGGACGUUCCAGCCCGAGUCGCGGCGCUGGUCCCGGGUGUGCGACGUGAGCGCGGAGCACGCCGAGCGGCUGCAGGCCCUGUCGGUCCAGGCCGUGCAACAGCAGCAGGACGGCCGGGACGCGGACGGCGGCAGCGACGGCGGCGCACCGGAGACGCCACCGCAGGUGCAGAAGGUGCCGAAGCCGACGCAGCAGCUGCUGCAGGUGCCCGGCGCGCACCCCGAACCGCCGCCAUCCCCCGGAAGCUCCUCGCGCGUCGGCACCCUGGAGCCACUGGCCGUGGAGCCCGUCGAGGGCGGCGACGGCGACGUGGUGAUCUCGGCCGUCCGCUUUGGCAGCUUGCCCCUGGCGGGCAUCGGUGGCCACGGCCUGCCCACCGAGUCGGACCUGCUGGCCGUCCGCUUCCGCCGCUCCGGCUCCGAGAGGCUCCGGGACGGCGCCAAGGCGCUGCUGCGGCGCAUGGAGUCGCUCAAGACGCGGCGGCGCAAGCGGCAGCACCGCGAGGGGGUCGUCAUCGGCAGCCCGCAGGUCCUGGACGUGGCCACCAUGCAGCAGCGCAUGCGCGACCUCAACUGCGUCGACGUGUCCCCGACCGAACAGACGUCGCCGUCGCCGUUCCCUCCGCCGUCGUCGCCGGGGGGCAGGGGGACGCCGUCGCCGUCCCCUGACCACGGCAGCGCCACUAGCGGCAGCGGUGGAUCACAGGGGUCGCUGACGCGGCCUUCUCGCUUUACUCGCGCUACCCGCCGGCUGCUCAGCCGCGACAACACCGAUCCCGGUACCGCGUCGCUGUCCGACUCGGAGUGCCAGCCGACGGCGGCGGCCAGCUGGCGACAAUGCUACCUCAAGGAUGCAAACAGCAACAACACCAAGGUGCUGGACGUGCUGGUGGCCGGGACUGCCGGAGCCGCCUGCACCACGGCGACGGCUCCAGAUGCGGGGGCCGCCGAGGAGGCCACCACCAGGAAGAGGACGGCGAGUGAGCGCGGCAGCCAGAGCCUCCUCGGCUCGCGGCCGCAAGGAUCUCACACCAGGACUGCCAGCUUGAGGGACAGGGAGGGCCAGCGCUACAAGGUGCAGCCGGGCUUCCGAAGAGGAAUCUCGGUGGAGAGCGGACACACGGUUCACCCGACGCCCCCCUCUUCCCUCGUGCCCCCAUCCCCAGCAAGGACCAGCAUCGUCCCCAGCACCCCUCUCGGUUCCGCGCCUCUCCUGGACGAGGUCAUGAGAGUCAGCACUUACGACAACGUCCCUCCAGCCUCGUCGUCUUCUCCAGGAUGCUCGCCCACGUCCCCAAGCCAUGCAGCACAGGCUCAGCAGGCCCUGCAGCACACCAACCUGCACGCUCACAGCCGGCUCUCGUACAGCGCUUGCCCCACCCCGGACCGUUCUCCUCAAGAUAUUUGGAUGGCCACCUCAGAACUGUCAGCUAGUCAUGAUUCCAAUAGCACUUUGGCGUCUCAACCAGACAGCGAGAGGGAAGACAGUGAGGGUAAUACGACAAAACACAGAGGUACUGUGGUUCGUUGGCAUAGCUUUCAACGAGGUUCGUCUGGAAGACCAGACUCUUUGGGUCCUAUUGGUCCUUCCCCUGGCCGAGUUUCAGUCAGUGCUCUAUCAUGUGGCCAGCUCUUGGUACUUAGGAAGUUAGCUCUUCUAAGGCUUACAGCUUGCAUGGAAAGGUACUGCCCUACCCAUCGUACUGGCUGGAAUUGGGAACUACCAAAGUUCAUCCGUAAAAUCAAAGCACCAGAUUACAAAGAUAAAACUGUUUUUGGUGUACCACUUCUCCUAUCACUGCAAAGAUGUGGACAAGCCUUGCCACCAGCAAUCCAAAAAGCUUUAAGAUGGCUCAGAGCAAAUGCUCUUGAUCAAGUAGGACUGUUCCGCAAGUCGGGAGUUAGAUCAAGAAUUCAACGCUUGAAGACUGCUGUAGAAACCCAGGGAGAAGCUGUUUUGUAUGAUGGCCAACAAGCAUAUGAUGUUGCUGACAUGGUCAAGCAAUUUUUCCGUGAACUUCCUGAAGCUCUUCUCACUAACAAAUUGUCUGAAACCUUCAUUUCUAUUUUUCAACAUGUACCUCAAGGGCAGAGAGCAGAAGCAGUCAGCUGUGUUCUCUUGCUCUUGCCAGAUGAGCACAGAGAGGCCUUGCGUGCUCUUCUGGAAUUCCUCGCAGCAGUUACAACAAGGGCUGAUGUUAAUCAAAUGUCGGCCAGCAACUUAGCCGUUUGUCUGGCACCCUCCUUACUCAGACUACAUCACCACUCACCUACAUCCUCAUCUCCAUCAUCACCCGCUGGCCGGUCAACCUCAGCCAGUCCUCGCAGAAGAAACAAAAGCAUUGGAGCUCCUGAUCCAAGGGAAUUGAGUGAAAAUCGUGCUGCACAUGACUGUGUUCUUCACCUUAUCCGCUGUCAUAGAGAUCUUUUCUCUAUAACCGAAGAAACUUUGGUGCAAUGUCACUUCACGUAUAUGGAAGAGAGUGUGCCUGUGGCCCUUGAGGAGCUUGGUUCAGAGCUGAAUCAAGAUUGGAGAGGAUACUUGUAUGCAUGUGUGAAUGCUCUGCUUAGGGAAGCUCGGGAUCGAAGCCGCGGUUGGGUAACUGUCAGUGGUGGGCCAGAGCCAUCCGUUGAUGUUGCAUACCGCAAAGUGGGUGAUGGGCAUCCUUUAAGGUUGUGGCGUGUGUCAACUGAGGUGGAAGCACCUCCCGGCGAACUUCUCCAAAGAGUUUUACGGGAGCGUCAUUCAUGGGACCAGUCUCUCUUGAAGUGGCGAGUGGUGGCUCGACUCUCUGAACAGACUGAGGUGUUUCAGUAUGUGUGUGCUGAUAUGCCACCCUUGCCAAACAGAGACUACUGUGUUGUAAGAUCCUGGCGAUCAGAUUUACCCAAAGGAGCCUGUGUGGUUGUUGAGACAUCAGUGGAACAUUCAAAUGCCCCUCUUCUUCCUGGUGGUGUGCGUGGAAUUGUGCUAGCCAGCAGAUAUUUAAUUGAGCCGUGUGGAUCAGGAAAAUCAAGAAUCAUGCAUUUAUCAAGAGUGGAUACCAAGGGGCGGACUCCAGAGUGGUACAACAAGAGUUAUGGACAUUUAUGUGCCCAACAUCUUGCAAGAAUAAGGGCAUCUUUUCGACACAAUGCAGAAGGACCCGAAAGUAAGGUCUGACUGUUAGCCCCGGCCUUGCAGGCAUCUUCUCAAUCAUGGGACCGCUUACAAGGCCACUCUCCCACUCAGUCACCUGCUCGCACUCUUACCCGCCUCCAGAGCCAUUCCUCAAGUCGCUCUGAUCUACUGCAGGUUGAUGAAGAGAGUAGUGAUGUUUCUGAUUAAGACUCAUCAGAUAAUUUUCACCAUUUACAAAAGUUGAACUUGAACAGUUUCAGAAGCAUUUUUUACGGAGUUGUUCUUCAAAUAUGGUGAUUGUUAGAAAACCACUUCUAAUUCUGUGAUGUAUUAUUUCAAAACUUGUUCGUUAAAAUUAAAAAAAUAUUUCAGUAUGAGAAGUUUUGUCAUCAUGCAGUUAAAGCUUAGAGCUUAGGGCACUUAGGCUGCCCAAAAUACAUAUGUACAAAUUGUAGAUAUCAUUAAGAAAAGAUUGUUUUAAUACUAAUGAUAUGUGUACAAACCUUAACACCUGUUGUAGCUAAGAAUGUACAUCAACCAAAUGAUGUUAUUAAAGUCACAAUUGAAUCCAAGUAGUACAGUUUAGAUAAGUAUAAGUCCACUUUACACUGUAAUGAUUUUCUUAAGGAUCAGUUUCUGCUUUUCUCCAUGUGAUUUUAGCUUAAUGUUUAAGUUUAUAAUUGUUGUGUAUUUCUAAAGUUUAUGAAAUGUAUUCAUUGCGGAUAAGUAUGUGAAUAUGAGUGAAAUUAUGUUACAUAUGAUGCAAGCUAGAAGUACUUACUAUGUGGAUGUUUAGUUUUAAUUAUAACUGAUGAAGAUGCCACUUCUUCCUUUUCUUAAGAUGCAAAGGGUUUGUUAAUAUCAGAUUUGUAUAUUGCCUUUACCAAAAUCAGUUGUGAAGUUUUUAAUGUGGAACCUGUCAAGUUUUUUGUGUGUUUUUUUUUCCAUUUUUUUUUUCUUUCUUAAGUUGAUGUAUGAAAUACCUAUUUGUGUUUGGUGUGAAUGGACUUCCUGUAGGAGAGGUAUCUAUCAGUAAGCUAGUCAGAAAGUGCAGUGUAUGAAUAAAUGUUUUCUAAUGGUUGGUUUGUUGUUUUCUUUUUAAGUAACUCAGGGAUGUGAAGGUCAGAAAUUGAAUAUUGAAUGUGUGUGAGUGAGUUGAGUGGGACCAUGUAAGGUUUAGACAUAAAAGAAUAUUAACUUCCCUUUAUAGAGGUGUGAAUUAAAUUUAACGUCGGAUUCAUGUCCAAUUACCAUAUGGUUGAAUGGGAGCCAUGGUUUCAUGUGUCAUAGUUACAGCUCUUGUGUUCCGAGACCUCAUCAUUCCUUUCUGUUUGUAACCAUAAAAACAAGAAUAUUAGUUUCAAAAUCUCUGUAUUUUCAAACAAUGUCUUUAUUUGAGAUAUGUUUUAAAGCCUGGAACCCAAUGAUCCUAAGUGUGAGCCUUCAGCUUAUACAUAUCAUUGCUCUUAUAUAUAUUUUUCUUAAUUGCAUUAAAGAACAAUAUUUUGUAUCAAAGGAA